AUGGAUAGCAUUUAUUCCGUAUAUGAAGACAUUAAACGGAAUAAAGUGCAUACCGUCCGGGCACCACUAUAUAGGACCAAGAUAUACCUCGGGGACCAGUAUGACAGGUGGAUGGGAAAAAAGGAAGAACUCGAAGAAACGCAUGCUGGACUAGCCAAAAUUUUGCUCGACAGACUUUCAUCAGACACUAACAGUGAGACAGAGUCAGCUCCUUAUUGGCUUAAAGAAAAUGUUUCUUCAACGCCUGUAAGAAAACUAAAAGCACAAUCUCUUGACAUUCCUCCACCCGAUGUAUCAGAGAUUUCUUCAACCCAAAGUGAGUAUACAGAUACAGAUGAAGCUCCAGCUUUCAAGAAGCCAGCGAUGAA